AUGUUGAAGAAGCUGAACUCCAUGUUCCGUCCCCAUGAGGAGAGAAAACUGAUUGAGCCCAGAGGAAAUGAGGAGUGGCAGAGAGAAGAGUGUGAGAUCAGGUUGGUCCGCAGUACCUCCCUCUACCUGACGGGGGAAUGUCACCAGAACCUGGGUAGUUCUCUGAAACGGAGCAAGAGUGAUGUAAGUGUGCACUCCACUCUCUACAACAUCACGGCUGAAGAUCCGGUCUGGAUGUUGUCAAGGACACAAGACUGUCUCCAGUAUCUACAGGAUCUGAUAGUCCUGCGCAAACAAUACCAGCCUGUCAGUAACCUCAGCAAGUGUAAGGAGAACGGCCCAGAUCCGUGCUCUGCAUCAACAAAGCCUUGCAAAUCUAACAAGAAAUGGACAGCUUCCAAACACACCUCCAAGAAACCAAAAGGUGAAUCUAAGCCUGCACCAAUGUCAACAGAGGCUGAGACACUAGCUUAUUUUGAUUCAGUCAUCGCUGGCUUUGAUCAGGAAAGCAAACCCAAAGUUCAUCCAGCAGAUGACACACACAUUGACGUGGAUUUUGUUAUUGCCACAAGCACAAGUGAACACAGUUUACAUUCGAACUGGAUCCUAAAGUCAUCCAGAAGGUACUCCGUCGAAAUUGGCCAUUUGACAAAGACUGAGGAGCUACCUCGGAGGCACAGUGAUUGGAUAGGAUCAAGCCUCAAGAGGCUUGAGCGACGCCCAAUAUACCUCCCGAAAUUAGUCGAGAGUCCAAUUCACACUUGGCGAUUUAAACCGAGAGCUCGUGAUGAAGACGAUGAGUUCUAG